AUGAACAGCACUUCCAAUUCUGAUAACCCUUCUGAGGACUCAAACACAUAUGCAUAUUACUCUGUUGGAAUAUCCCUUGCCUUUCUCCUUCUGAUGAUGUUCAUAGCUCUCACUGCAUAUUACUGUAGCCAUAGAAAUUUGCAAAACAUGCAAUCUAGACCCAUUGGCAGCAGCAGAAGCAGUUCUAAUAGGACAGUGAUCAUGGAUAGAGAUUCUGCUAUAACAAUCCAAGUUGGUGAGGAAGAACAAGAAGCAAUCCUGAACAGUUACCCCAUGUUGUUGUACUCUCAAGCAAAGCUUCAUAAGCCUGAUUCAACAUCACUCAGCUGCUCAAUAUGCUUAGCAGAUUACAAGGAUUCAGAGGGGUUGCGUCUCUUACCUGAAUGUGGUCACUUUUUUCAUAAGGAGUGCAUUGACAUGUGGUUGAGGCUAACACUCUCAUGUCCCGUGUGUCGAAACUCGCCAUUACCAACUCCUCUUCCAACUCCACUUGCUGAAGUUGCUCCCUUGUCAACAAGACGUGAUUGA